AUCUAAAUUCAUAAUUAUUUUCAAUUCAAUUUUUCUCUUGAAUUAACUGCGAUUUCGACUAUUUAACUACUUAAAUCAACACCAAAAUGUCGAUAUGUUGUGAAUUUAAGCAUAUAUUACUAUUUACAAAUAUCUACGUUUGACAAAGUUUUGAAGUUAGGUGUUUCAAUGGAACUUUAAUUUUUAUAUACGUUGCAUUUCGUGGGUAAAACGCAAGUUUCGGAUCGAGUUACAUCUAUUGGUACGACACACGAGAUCUAUAAAAAUGCAAAGGAAGCCGGGCUUUCCUGUUGCCAAUUGCAACAUAAGAAUACCGGACAGCACGGCCCCAUCAGAAGGUGUGGAGGAGGAGGAGCCUCCGCAGCGCCGCCAGCAGCUCAUCAACUACGGCCACUCUCAGUGGGGCUUCAACAACUGGAGUUGGGCUGUCACCAAGCAAGACUUGGAUUUCGUGGAGAUAUCAAACGGCAAGUACACGGCGGGGGUUGUGUCAUUCGUAUCAGUCUCUGUGAAAGGCCUCGGCAUCCAUCGCGAGAAUGUCGGCUACGCGACCUCCACCGCGCCGCACAAGGGCGCCGCCAUACAUAACUCUAGAAAGUGUGCGGUAACAAACGCCCUGCGCGAAACGUUGCUGAGUUUUGGUGGUACUGUCGCCACAGACUUGCUGGAGCUGCUCGAGGCGAAUCGAAACGAUACCCCUCACCAAAACCAGAAUCAAACCCCCAACCAAAACCCAGUCAAAAACCAGAACCAUGUAUCGUCAGACCCGAUCCAUGAAAACAACCAGAAUAUUGCAAACACAACCGCCAACAAAGUUACAGAGAAGAGUGUGUCGAAAGUGAAGAAAGAUGAGGUGCCGGGCGCGGCCAAACUUCCAACGGGUCCAUUGAAGAACAUGGUGCAACCUGUGGCCAAGGCGCAUCCGAUGCCCGCCAACGUGCCGGCCAACGUACCGCCCAACGUACCGCCGAACGUUGCGAACCGCCCGCAGCCAACAGCCAACGCACCACGACAUCCCCCGCUCGCGCCCGCACCUCCAACCCUCCGCCCCAACUCUAACGUAAGUUUCGUCCUCCAACCCGUCAUGGGAGGGGUCGUACCCCCCAUGUAUACGAACCCCACGUAUACCCCUAACCGCAUAGCCCCUCCGCCGCCACCGAUGUUCCCAAACUUCUACGACUAUUCCGGGCCGUGGCACUUCGCGUACGAGCCGUUCGACCGUCACCAUGGCAACGUGAACCUAAACUUUAAUAUGCCGCCUAAAAACUUGGUGGUGAACAGUCGCGCUGGAUCCGUGGAGUGUAAAGGACGUGAGGAGCAUUACGGUGGGCAAGGUUGCUGGAUCAAACCUACCAUUUUCUAUGAUGGAUUUUGGACAGAGCAAAAGGUUAAGAAGUGGGUAGCGGAGCAGGUGGAAAAGCAGUUUCCAGACGACCCCGCACACAAACAGCCCCCGCCCGACCCUGCACCCAACUCCUAAUAAAUUGUUUAUAGCAUAUUUAGUGAUCUAAGGGGUAGUAGGAAGAAAUAGAAAUUAACAGAACGUCUGUUCAAUACAAAGUACGAAAAGUACGUGCGACGGUUAGAGCUUAGAAUAUUUUGACUUUCCUUAAACUAUGGCUGAAACCUAUAGAGCGCACUUAAACUUUAUUAAUACUUCAGACAGAAUUAAAUCAGACUUAUAUAUCUGCAUAAGUCUCGU